AUGCGACUGCCCCUGGACCUGAAGCUCGUGGGCAAGAAGGAGCAGUCGUACGCGUCGCUCGACGUCUCCGACACGCACCCGCGACACGGCAGCGCCCACCUCCUGCACGCCGCUCCGCUCUCUCCGUCGGCCGUCUCGACAAUGUCCCUCAGCUCCGACGACAGCGCCCACACGCCGUUCCACAGUGAGGGGCGACGCGACGCGACACUCAUUGGCGGGAACAGUGGGCCGCCGCUCCACCGCACUGUCGCGAACGACGUGUUGGCCGCACUGGACGGACCGAUUCGGCAACUGGCGUUCGAGACCAAAGGCGCUUUGCUCGCGACGGGACUCGCCGCGACGCUGUACCUGCUGACGUGGUUCCAAGCAGUGCUGGUCCCCUUCUUCCUUGCCGUGUUCCUCAUGUACCUCGUGGAUCCGCUGGUGGAAAUGAUUGACGUUUCGCCCAAGUACUUCCUCUGCAUCUGUACAUCCCGUGGGCGCCACGCCCGACGGAAAUCCCGAGGCUGCUCGCGUGCGCUCGCGUCGCUCGUUGCUGUCAGUGUCGUGUGUGUGUUCUUUGGACUGCUGGGCUACAUUACUGUGCUAUCGGUCCAUGCACUGGACACAAGCGCUUAUCAGACGGGGUACAACCAUCUCGUCUCACAAGUCGAGCACAUUCUGGAGCGACUGGGACUACCUGUAAACAUCACGACCACGCUGCACGACAAUGUUGACAAGCUUGCGCGUGUGGUGGUCACUGAAACGAUGGACCUGCUCUCCGUUAUGUUCGUGACGCUGAUCUACCUCACGUAUUUCCUCUGUACCCGAACACGUGCUAGUGAUGCUGGAGGUGUCUGGUCGAAGAUUGACCACGACAUUCAGCGAUUUGUGACGCUGAAGUGUUUUCUCUCGCUCUUCGUAGCCUUGCUGGUUACGAUUGUCUACGUGUGGCUGAACGUGGGCCUGGCGAUCGUGUGGGGUAUGCUGACGUUCAUUUUGAACUGGAUCCCUAACGUGGGAGCUAUGAUUGCGUCCGUUGUUCCAGUUUGUAUCAUUGUUAUCACGCCGUCCGAAGUGAUGAACCACAUGGAAAAGUUCAUGGCCGUGUUCCUUCCAAUGUGUUUCCACAUGUUCGUCGGCAACUUUGUAGAACCAAAAGUGUUUGGCCGGAAACUCGAGAUCGACCCUGUGAUUGUCAUUUUGUCUCUUUCGGCUUGGGGUCUUCUCUGGGGAGUCGUGGGCAUGAUGCUAUCUGUGCCGCUUACUGCCGCCGCUAAGAUCAUGCUGAGUCAUCUCAAGCUGUGGCCCGAGUUUGUUGCUUUAGUGGAAGGGACGUACUUCACACGGUUUGGCAACAAGACUGCCCGGUAUCGGAAACACGAAGAGAACGACAAGGAGGAUUUCGAGACCAUGCAGGUCCGGACUGAGAGUGAACAGGAUCGUGCAAGUAGUGGCCACAUGCGAAUAUAA